AUGCUUAUAAACCACAUCUUUUUAUUACAAAUAUUUUCCACUCUGUCAAGUGAUGAAACACUCACAAUUCCGGAUGGUACAUCUCAGAUCGAGUCAAAUCAAUUCGCAAAUGUUUCAAAUUUCUCAUCAAUUUCGUUUCCAGAUUCUUUAACAUCCAUUGGCGAAAAUUCAUUUUAUAACUGUACAAGUCUAAAAAAUCUUGAUUUCCCUCAAAACUUACAAAUAAUUUCAAAAAAUUCGUUUUCAUUUUGUUCAAGCUUAACAUCAAUAAGAUUCUAUUCAGAAAAUACAAUUAUUUCAGAAAGUUCUUUCUACAAUUGUACAAAUCUCGAAACAAUAAUUUUUCCAUCAUCUUUAUCAAAAAUUAACAAAAAUACAUUUUACAACUGCGUAAAUCUAAACAAUAUAAUAUUCCCAAAUACAACCGAAUACAUUGAAUCGUAUGCAUUUUUUAAUUGUCACAAGUUAACAUUUGAUUCUUUACCAACAUCACUUUUACAAAUUGAUGAAUAUGCAUUUAAGAAUUGCAUAAAAAUCAAUAGCAUUGAUUUCCCAUCAAAUCUUAAAAAUAUUUUAUCAGAAUCAUUUUCAUACUGUAAAGCCCUACAAAAUGUAACAUUCCAAUCAGAAAAUACAACUAUUCUAGAUGGAGUGUUCAUGCAUUGUGAAAACCUUGAAUCAGUUAAACUUCCAUCACUAACAAGUAAAAUUGAAGAAAAAACUUUUUAUUAUUGCACUGGACUUAAAACAAUUCAACUUCCUCCAUCAUUAGAAAUAAUUGACUAUUAUGCUUUUUCUUAUUGCACAAAUCUAGGCAAAAUAUCUUUCCCAAAUACAGUACGAUCUAUAUUAAAUAGUGCAUUUUCCUUUUGUGAACAAUUAACAUUUGAUUCUUUACCAUCUUCAUUAAUAAAGAUUGAUGAUUCAGCAUUUAAUUCAUGUUCUAGCAUUCAAAGUAUCCAGUUUCCUGAAAAUUGUUCAAUGAUUGGGAUGAAUUCUUUUUCAUAUUGUUCUAAAUUAGAAAGAGUAGAAUUUUUAAAUUAUACCUCAGUAAUAGCAUCUGGUGCAUUCAUGUCAUGUGAAAAACUUUCAAAUGUCAGCCUUCCAAAAGAGCUUCAAAUAAUAGAAGCUUCACUUUUCAGAUCUUGUUCUGGACUUAAAAGUAUAAUCCUUCCUGAUACAAUUUAUUCAAUAGGUAAUGACGCUUUUUUGGAAUGUGAAAAUUUGAAGGAAGUGAAGUUUCCAAAUAGUCUUACAAAUAUCGAAGAAAAUUCAUUUUUUAACUGUAUUUCAUUAUUAAAUAUAACUUUACCAGAAAAGCUUAGUUAUAUUGGAUCUAAUGCGUUUGUUGGAUGUAUUAAAGUUAAAACAAUUACAUUUUUAAGUUCAUCAACAACUAUUGAUGAACGAUGUUUUUGGAAUAUGGAAUCCCUUGAGAGCAUCGUUCUUCCUAGUGAAUUGAAAGAAAUUUCAAAUUACUUAUUUUAUGAUUGCAUUAAUCUAGAAGCGAUAACAAUACCAAACAAAGUUACAAAAAUUGGAAUUCAAGCUUUUGAAAACUGCAUUAGUCUUAUUUAUGUCGAUAUCCCUGAAUCAGUUUUAGAGAUUGGCGACGCAUCAUUUUAUUGUUGUUCCGAUCUCCAAAAUGUAACAAUACCAUCUUUUCUCACAAUAAUACCUCAAUUUUGCUUCCAGAAUUGUUCAUCUCUUGAAAAUGUUUCCAUGAAGUCGAAUCAAUUAGUAGUAAUUGGCUUACAAGCAUUUUGUAACUGUUAUUUAUUGAAAUCAUUUACAUUUCCAAGUUCACUCAUAAGUAUCAAGGAAGGUCAUUUUUCUGCUGCUAUAAUUUAA